GCAAAAGGUGAUGAAAUUGUUUGUUAGUUUUAUGCAUUUCCAUACUGUCAUUGCAUCAUUGCCUUUUGUGCCUUUGAAUAAUAUAAUAUAAAAUACAAUUAUUAAUUUAAUAUGUUGCUAUUAUGUGGCAUUCUUAUCUAAAUGGGCUUAUCUUAAUAUAUACACACACACACACACAGAGACAUUUAAAGUUAUUUGAAUGAAUACAAUUUAUUAACAUUAUUACGUUAACACAAAACAACAGGUUUAUAAACUAUCAAAUCUCAUUUACACUAGGGGGUGCUGGAAAGCCUACCCUGAAAACUGUAUCAACGACGAGUUAAUGUAAAAUCAGCUCAUAAUCUGCAUGCUGAAUGUUUAGUAAAUGAACCCUAGAGUGUCUAUGGUCUCUAAUGCAUCUUCACACAUAGUGCUUUCAUUGUCUACACUGCAUUUGUGAUCAAAAUCACUUCAACUUCAAUCACAUUACAGACUGUAAUUAGUUAAUAGUCGUAUAUCCUGCGUUCACAACAGACAGGGGAGAUGCCCUCUAACACAACCAGGUUAACCCUUCCCUUCCACACUGCAGAGAUGAGCCCUUAGACACACAAUGGCUUCUUUCACCUUUGCCUGGGAUAAGAGAGAAGUUACACUCUUGGGUCUUUUUUGAAGCCAAAUCCAGUGUGCGUAAUGAAAAGAGCUUUGCAAUGGCUGAUAAACAGAGACAGACCUCCGCUGAACUGUUGAAUGCGCAGUCAGAAGGGCAUAGAAGAUCCGAUUUGGUCUUCGGAUUCAUCCGUCAAGGGCUUAAAUAACUAUUUCGGUGCGUAUGGGAUAAUAUUUUCCAUUUAAGAUUUCCAUUGAAGGGCGAUACAGUCUGCCAUCCAGUAAGUGUUUCUAAUUCAACGAGCGUGAGUAAUAAACGCCUCUUUUGUUAGAGCAAACAGCCAUUUCGAUCAAAUUAAACAUAACUUUAGUUCACACAAUUGAGUGUUUUUUGGUCAGUGGUCAGCAAAAGUUCAUUUUUGGAUUUUUCCGAAAAUACACAGAGCACCAUUAAAGUAACUCAACAGUUGCGCUUUUGUGAGCGUAGACAACAUAAUAAUGACUACUAGAGGUCGCCUUCAUCACCCAGAAUGAAUGAUUCCCUCCUAUAUUUAGCUUUACGAUAUCUUAAAGACUAAAAUUAGAGGAGCGACCGGGUUCAUGACAGUUAGUUUUUGAGAACAGAUACAAGACAAUGUUGUCUAGUGAGUCUGAUCCAGAGAUGGGCCCCUGGGUCAUUUGGAAACCGCACAGAACAAGCAGUAUUUGUCUUGGACCCCCUGAAGCAGAAGUGGCAGAAGGGGGAAGUCUGGGAUUGGCUGCUUCACGCAAACAGAACUGGGCGGUCCCAACGAAUUAGCGAUAUAGGCAAAAGACCUCGGCCCUGUGGUGAUCAAACCUGUCAGAUCAGUAAUCUCUGCUUGAGGUGAUUACUACGACCUGCAAUAAAAAGGAAAGGCCUGGCCUUAGUGCUUAUUAGGUCACUGAGAUCCUCCUGCUUGCUUAUUAAGACCGGACAGGGACUUUCCUCUCUACAGCUUGGGAUCCUACUUUAGUGGACGUACAGGGAUUGAGAAUGCCACAUUUAACUGACUGUAGUUUCUACAAGAUGAGAGACGGAGCUCGAGUUUCCAACGUUCAAAAUCACCUGGAGAACUCCAAGUACCACCUCCACCAGACUCAGGCCCAGCAGGUCAAGCAGUACCUAACUUUGGGCAGCAAGCUUGCUAGCCAGGCCCACCCGGUCGCACAUCCUCACCCGGGCCAGGCCCUGGGAACGGUGCCCAUCAUGCGCAAUGGACACAUGCCGCCCGUAAGCGACAGCAGCACGCCAGGAAGCCCCGUCACCCUGCUCACGCUGGCCAACAAUCACGACAGUGAGUUUCCAAUGGAUGAAGUUAUUGAUGAUCUUAUUAGCCUUGAAACCGGGUUCAAAGAUGGGGUUUUGGAUUGUAUGGAGCCAGGCAUCAUAAUGCAAAAUAAUGUGUCCCUGAACAACAGCAUGCUGGAGGUGUACGGCGGUGACCAAGAACAUGACACCAGAGUCCUGGCCAAAGAAAGACAGAAAAAAGACAACCACAAUCUAAUUGAAAGACGACGGCGAUACAACAUCAACUACAGGAUCAAGGAGCUCGGAACCCUGAUACCAAAGUCAAACGACCCUGAUAUGCGCUGGAACAAAGGGACGAUCCUCAAGGCCUCGGUGGAAUACAUUAAGUGGCUGCAGAAAGAGCAGCAGCACGCCCGUGAUCUCGAGAGCCGACAGAAGAAACUAGAACAGGCCAACAGAAGACUCCUGCUACGAAUCCAGGAAUUGGAAAUCCAGGCUCGCGCUCAUGGUUUGCCCAGUAUGGCUGCUUCUAUGGGAGCUGUUGAACUUUCAUCCCAUCUCCUAAAGCAACAACAGCAGCACCAGCCGGGCACACCCGCCCCUCCGAGCACCCAGGCCCCACCGCAGCCAGGCCAGCCACCCAUCUACCCUCCGGAGGACAUGAGCAACCCGGAGUACACCCAGCGGACACCUUUACCGGCGGCCAUGGUUGCAGGGAACGCCGGAGAACAGACAGACGGCUCCAACACCUACUCCGAUCCUCUCUCCCACUUCACCGACUUCUUCUGCAGCACCUUGAAAGAAGAGCACCGGCUGGACGAGAUCCUGAUGGACGACCCUCUCUCGCCCUUCGGGACCGACCCGCUCCUCUCCGCCGGAUCGCCCGCCGCGUCCAAAGGGAGCAGCCACAGGAGCAGCUUCAGCUCAGAUGAAGCAGACGAGCUCUGACCGUCCAGACGCUGACAUGUAACACUGUGUAACUGACCUCCCGUUUCCAUUGGAUUACAAAGACGACGAGAAUCUUACUCCAAUGUUGAGUCAGACACAUCAAAAAAGGGAGAUUGACUGAUUGAUCUACUGACAUUGACCUCAAAGACUGUCUAUACAGCAAUAACACUGGUUACGUAUGAUCACUGGAUCACAAAAUGUAUAUUUCUGAAACCUAAUGGCAUUGUUGAGACGGACCACUUUAGAGAGAGUUCUUUUUGUGCCUUAUUCAGAGCAGGCUAACUUUAUUACCACUGAGACCCGAAGCAAUGCAGCUGUUAUUAUGCUAUGCAAAAAACCCUAACGCAUCUUUCUGUUUCAUACAUUCUGUAUUUUUCCAGAAACAUAUUGUUCAUGUAUUUAUGUUUUAAUCCCUGUAUUCUUAAAAAAACAUUUCUUAACCUACCAUGUUACUUUUUAUAUAUAACUCUAGGGGUGUGGGAAAACACAAUAAACCCCCUUUUUCAUAAACUGAA